AUGUCGGUUCAAGCGACGGGUACUGAGAAGGGCCCAUACAGUCACCAGGUCGUCGAGGACAGCAUCAAGCGUGAACAGCACGGUACUGGCCCGUUUGAGAAUGUCAACGACGCCGAGGCCAACGCUACUCCUCUCGAGCACAGGAACUUCCGCUUCAUCUCUCUGAUCGGUCUUGCCUAUGCCAUCCUCAACUCGUGGACGGCCAUGGCCACUUCGCUGUCCAUCGGUCUGCCCUCGGGUGGCCCCUCGGCCGUCAUCUGGGGUAUUGUCCCCUCCUUCCUGGGAAACCUUGCCAUGGCUGCCUCCAUGGCUGAGAUUUGCCACGUCUACCCCACCUCGGGUGGUCAGUACCACUGGGCCGCCAUUCUCGCCACUCCCAAGCACGCUCCCUGGAUCUCUUGGGUCUGUGGCUGGUUCGCCGUGUGCGGCUGGAUCGCCCUUGUCGGUUCUGCUGGUUCGCUCGCUGGCUCGCUCAUCACUGGCGCCAUCUCGCUCAACCUCGGCGACAGCUACGAGGUCCAGAACUGGCACGUCUUCCUCAUCUACGUCGGCUACAUCCUGAUCGCCACCUUCCUCAACAUCUGGUGUCUCCCCAUCCUCCCGCGCCUCAACCAGAUGGCCAUCUUCUGGUCGCUCACCGGUGCCGUUGUCAUCAUCAUCACCUGCCUCGCGUGCUCGUCGGGCGACUUUGCCUCGCCCAAGUUUGUCUUCACCGAGUUUAUCAACGAGACUGGAUGGCCCGAUGGUGUUGCGUGGAUCCUUGGUCUCCUCCAGUCGUGCUUCGGUCUCACUGGCUACGACGCCGUGUCGCACAUGGUCGAGGAGAUGCCCAUGCCCCACAAGUACGCUCCCCGCGUCAUGAUCCUUGCGGUCUGCAUCGGUGCCUCGUCGUCGUUUGUCUUCCUCGUGUGCCUCCUCUUCUGCGUCGAGAGCGUCGACCUCGUCAACACUUCGGGCGCCGGCCCCCUCCUCGAGGCCAUGUACCAGGCCACCAACUCGCGCGUCGGUGCCAUCUGCCUGCAGAUGUUCCCCAUCAUCUGCAUGUUCUUCACCGCACAGGGUCUCCUCACCGCCUCGUCGCGCAUGUCGUACGCCUUUGCCCGUGACGGCGGUCUCCCCUUCUCCAAGUUCUUUGGCCACAUGAACAAGAACGGUGUGCCCGUCCCGGCCGUCAUGCUCUCGACCGUCCUCGUCAUCAUCUUCGGAUGCAUCUACCUCGGCUCGUCGACGGCCCUCAACGCCAUUCUCUCGUCGUCGGUCGUCUCCCUCAACAUCUCGUACUGCAUCCCCAUCACCAUCGUCCUCGUUCGCGGCCGCGGUAUCCUCCGCCCGCCCUCGUUCCCCGAGCCGACCUUCACCCUCGGCCCCAUCCUGGGCCCCAUCGCCAACAUCUUCGGCCUCAUCUUCACCAUUGUCACCACCGUCUUCUUCCUCUUCCCUCCUGGUCUCCCGGCCACCGCUGAGGGCAUGAACUACGCCGUCGCCGUCAUGGGCUUUGUCGCCAUCAUCUCGGCCAUUACGUGGUUCACCACUGGCCGCCACCACUUCAUUGGUCCCCGCGACCUUGGUGGUCUCCUUGAGCUUGCGCGUACCGAGGUUGCCCCGCACAAGUCGACUGUGGUCCGCGACGACGAGGACUCGACGAUCUAA